AUGGAGGUCGUUGAGCCGGUGCUGCCCCCUCCCGACAGCCUGAGCGUGCAGUUCUCGCAGCGCGCGGUGUUUGUGAUCGAGGAUGCGGAUGCUGACAGACUCACGGCUAGCUUCUGGCUGGGAAGCCCCGCGGCAGACGACUCCGACAACGAGCUCGACAUGGAGCCUGAGGAACCUGAUAGCUCGUUGUCAGAGAAGCUGUGCCCUGGCUUCACCUUUGAGGAACUGGAGAAGAGGCAAGCGGGGCUCUGCCUGAGAAGGUGGGCCCUUAAAGAGCCAAACCUGAGUGAUGGCAAGGAUAUCAAGAUGAAGAAAGGUCCGGGUGACAGACAAGCAGGAAGGAUGUUGGUCCGCAGCGGGGUCGGGGCCGGCGUCAGCGCAAUGACCACUUCCGCGCGCGACCGCCCGCAACACCAGCCGCCACCGUCCAUCACGUCGAUGAUGUUCGGUUCCAUCAAUAAGAGAAGUCCGCAGUCAGGGGUCAAGAACGACCGGGGCAUGAAGAUG